AUGAGACUUUUUAGCCUCUUAUUCGCCUUUGUCUCUGCGAACUUGGUGAAUGAGAAGGUGAUCCGUGUUUUCGAUGCGACGACCCAGUUGCUCAAGUCAUCAGCGUCUGUCCAAAUUCGUAAUGACGGCAACGUUGCUGUUUCCACCAUCCAGUUGUCGGCUGAUGCUUUCAACGCGGACAAGCUGAUCUUCUUGGAUGCCAAAGUUGAUGACAAAAAGCUCAAAGUUGACGGCGAUUACAAAGCGACGCUUUCAAGCCCGCUAGAACCAGGACAGACAAUCACUCUUGAAAUCGAGGAAAUCUACCAUGGAUCCGUGAAGCCCUUCCCGACUGAGAUCAAGCAAGCCGACAAGCAACUUGUCCUGGUCGAGGUGAAUCUUUACUACACGUCGCCAUACAAGACGCUCAUCUCAAACGCGCGAAUUAACAUCGGGACGAAGAAAACUGAAAGUGUCUCGAAAACUGGCAAGCUCGAAGGAUCGGCUGUGAAGCUCGAAGAGAAGAAGGAUUUCGAAGGUGGAUCUUCGCAGAAAAGCCGCGUUCACUUCGAAAACAACUCCCCUUCCUCGUCGCCGAGCGACUUGAGCGUCUGGGUCAAACACACCGGUGCUACUCUGAAGGGAUCGUUCUCUCGUUUCGACUUCCAGCGUCAAGACACGGGUGCUUUUAUUACGGAAUGGAAGAUGAUCCUUCCCCUUGAAGCUCAAGACGUUUACUACCGCGAUUUGAUCGGAAACAUUUCCACUUCCGCUUUGCGACAAGACUACCGAGCUGGCGAGACUGUUCUCGAACUGACGCCUCGAUUCCCAAUGUUCGGUGGCUGGCGAAACCACUACACGAUCGGAUACAACGUCCCUUCUGCCACUUAUCUCUCGUCAGAUGCCUCAAAAUAUCAACUCAAGGUCCCUGCUACGCCCGAGCUUUACAACGAAUUCAUCAUCGAAAACUAUUUCCUGAAGGUGAUUCUACCAGAAGGAGUCGCCGAUGUUUCUUUCAAAACUAACAUUGCUCUGGAGCGCAAACCCGACGAGUCCCGCUACACCUUCCUGGACACAACUGGGCGAACCGUUGUUGUUUUCGAAGGAAAAGACGUCACCUACCAGCACGCGGCGAAGAUCGCAGUCACUUACAACUGGAACUCGAUCCUGAUUUUCAAGGAACCUCUUCUCGCUAUUUCCGGAUGGGCUGUGUUCUUCUUUGUCCUUCUUUUCUUCGCUCGACUUGAUUAUUCCAUCUCAGCGCCUGUCUCAGCGGAUAAGAAGAAGAACUAG